AWUUUCCGGGAAAGUUAUAGCCACUCCCUGCAGUGCUGUCGUUAAUGGUCUCGAGGAGGGAGGGGCCACUCAAAGGAAAGAAGGGACUCCACACAAUGGGAGAMAGCUUCCAUGACCAGCUAUUGGAGGACAGUCGGUUCCUCAGGACAGACCGUCGACUGGACACAGAACUAGUGGAUAAGCUCAUCCUGCAGCUCAACAGGAUCUACCCACAGAUCCUCACAGACAAGGAGGCCACCAAAUUUAGGGACCUUGAUGUGCCCACCUGCGUCCGACUGGCCGAGCUCCUGGCUCACCUGCAGGGGAAAGGUGAAGAGGCCUGCCGGGAGUUCUACCGGGCGCUUCACCUGCAUGUGGAAGAGGUGUACUUCAGCCUACCAACACGCCUCCGCCUCAGAGGUUCUGUAGACCCGUUCACGGUUACAGCCUCACCCACCCAGCUGAGAUAUGUGCUGAACGACCGAGGUCCUCUGUUCUUCCUGAGUUGUUUUGGCGUUGCGGUGGGGAUGGCUCUACUGUAUUACUAUGGCGAGGCCAAAGUAACAGGGGGAAGCAGGKCUCUUGGCAUGGCUGCUCUUGGACUGGGCCGACGAGCCAGAGAGGUUCUCAUAUGGUACGCUGAAGACCCCAUCAGGAAGUAGUCUGUGUGUCUCCACUACCACAGCAAAACAAGCACUCCAAAGGUGUUUCCGGACAUCCAUAACACACUACACAAAUACCCUUUUCACAUUACCAUGCCAACCUGAACCAAACUGUGCUGGUUACAGCAACUAUGGUCGAUGAGUAACUGGGCCAGUUGAUUACAGCYUGGUUUGUCUCAGUUCAGUUUGUCUCAGUGGUGUGAAAAGCCAUGGGAUUUUAACUUUGUACAUACUGUAUAUAGCAGUCUUUUGGCUUAUAAACAGCAACUGGUUUUCUUCUGAACUUUCAUUGUCUUCAUAAUGGUUAGAUAUUAGACAUGUGUCUUCUCUGGUGAAAGGGACUAUUAUCACACUAAAGCUCUGUUACUGAACAGCAUCUUGUCAAGAGCCAGCCUCCUUCCGUUGUUGUUCUUUUGGUGUGGUUUGGACACCGUGUACAGAAACCAAUAAACCAGACUCACUUUAAAUAAACCUUUCCUACUGAAUCUGCUGUACUACUUGCAGUAUACUCAGGAGAUUGACGUUAGGAAACAUCAAACGGCUAAGGAGGGUAUUUAUCAAAUAGGAUGUUUAUUUGUUUACUUAGCUUACUGAAGGAAAUCAACCAGGCACUACGUUUUAUUGCAAUUUGAUUUGUAAUAUCAUCUCUGUUAUCAGGGAGGAUCUAUAAAUGGAAAACAUUAAUGUAAUAUAUUUUUAGCAGACACUCUUGUUCAGAGUGCCUUACAGUAGUGAGUGUAUACAUUUCAUACUGGUCCCUUGUGGGAAUCAAACCCACAACCCUGGCGUUGCAAGUGCCUGAUUCCCACAGGGGACCAGUAUGUAUACAUUUCAUACAGGUCCCCUGUGGGAAACAAACCCACAACCCUGGCGUUGCAAGUGCCUGAUUCCCACAGUGGACCAGUAUGUAUACAUUUCAUACAGGACCCCUGUGGGAAACAAACCCACAACCCUGGCGUUGCAAGUGCCAUGCAAGUGCCACAUGUUGUAGCUCAGUUGGUAGAGCAUGUUGUUCGUCCAGUGUUUUGUCUUGGAUUAAAUGUCUACCACAUAAUGCCUUUCAAUUAGAUCAAUCCAGGUACCCUAUGCUUGUAGCUAGAUAGCCCGGCACUGGUUCAAUUAAUGUGUGACCUAACCAUAUCAGAGAAAUUGUAAUUUGUUCACUAGAACUAUCACAUUAUAGCRGUUGAUUACACUCCUUUUGAGUGACAAUGGUACUUAGUUACUGUUUUUGAAAGUGUUCAUUUUGUUAUUAUGCCCACUGAAAAGCCAAUGCAAAGUACUACAUUUCAGGUCUCAGCCGUGUUUCACCCCAGUCUGUUUCUCUCUCACUUUUCUCKAAUGUUAUUAAGCGUUUUCAAAGUUUUCUCUAACACAGUGUGAAGCCUUUGUUCGCUAACUUGCCUUAAUCUGUGCUUUGUUUGGUACGGGAAAUGUUGUUCAUGGGGGAAGUAGAUUAUAACGGUUAUACUGUUUUAUAGUAGGGGAAAUUAUAAUAUUAGAUACACAUGUAGCCUACCUGAUAUAUAUUCAAUGUGUAGACAUAUGAGACUGUUGUGUCACAGCUCCAUCUACUCUGUGAGAAGAAAAUCCUAACUCCCAUUUAAGUCAAAUGGACAUCAAUGCACAGCUAAGUGGUUUUAGUGGAAGUUAGGAUUCUCCCCAAAUUCUCUUAAUGGCCUCAGUCUCACAAGUGCCAUCAUUAUGAUUUAUAUAAUUGUAUGACUUUUCACUAUUUAUUGUUUUCAAGCCUAUCUAUGCGUGGACAAUACAAAACAAUAUCUGGACAAAUUGUUACUUUUCAUUUACAAACUUCAUUUCAGAAUCGUACAGUUUUCUACUGGAUUCAGUGCAUCAAACAACAAAGUGCAUUAAAAGUGGGGCUAAAAUAUGA